AUGGCGGCGGCAGCGCCCGGCGCCGGCUGCAACACGGGCAAAGACGGUGUCCCACGGCGCAUGUCGAGGGCCGAGCUGGUGAAGCGCUGGGAGGACGUGUUCGACAACGUGGGCGACGAGGAGGCGAUGGAGCUGUUCAUGACACUGCUGCUGCGCGACGCCCGGGCCGAGUACGCCCAACAAUCCCGGAAGGAGGAACAGGAGGAGGAGGAACGGCGAGCGCGCGUCUUCGAGCCGUUGCAUCUGCCACAGCCCGGCUCAGCGCCGCCGUCGGUGGCGGCGCCGCCCCGGGUGGACCUUACCGUUGUGUUGGGCCUGCGCGCGCCGCCGCACCUGCUGCCUCGCAAUGACCAGAGGACGACGCCGUCGUCGGCCCCGGCGGUGGACCUCGGCCGUUCCGUGAAACCCGCCAAGAACACCCGUGGCGGCGUGUAG